AUGGAGACUGCUUGGAAGGUGCUGCUGCUGGCCGCCGUGGCCACCUUGGCCGUCGCUCAGUCCCUGAGCCACGAAGAGGCCGUAGCUGCCGCCAUCAGCAAUUACAACAGAGAGUCGGAUGCAGACAAUCUCUUCCGGCUCCUUGAGCUCAAACCCCAAGAGAGGCCGCUCGAGUCCCCCAACGCCAUCCCCGUGAACUUCACCAUCCAGGAGACCGUGUGCCCCAAAGUGGAGAAUCGUAGCCCGGACCAGUGUGACUUCAAAGAGGGAGGGGUGGUGAGAGACUGUUCGGGCACUGUGCUUGCCACACUGGAAGGCCCCGUGGUCACGGUCACUUGCGACAAGCCUAUUCGGACCAAGCGACGCUGGAAACUCAUAAAGAAAGGAGGGAAGAUAGUGAAAGAUUUCCUGACGAAGAACAACAUCAUCAUCCUUCCAGGGGGCAAUGAAUAG